AUGUCAAGAGCUGACUGGGGUUUUUUGGAGCGCCUGCUAGAGGAAGGUCAGGAGUACUCAACCAGCAUAGGACGUGUGUGGCUCACUGUGCUUUUUCUCUUUCGUAUGCUCGUUCUGGGCACUGCAGCAGAGUCUGCAUGGGACGAUGAGCAACUGGACUUUAUCUGCAACACCAAACAGCCAGGCUGUGAGUCUGUCUGUUACGAUAAGGCUUUUCCUAUCUCACAUUUCCGGUACUUUGUUCUGCAGGUCAUCUUUGUCUCCACACCCACUAUUUUUUAUUUCGGAUAUGUGGCUCUUAGGGGCCGCCAGGAGGCAAAGUCGGAGAGUGUGGAAGAGGAGCGUCAUGAGAGACCAAAGGUUAAAAAAUCCACUGAGAUGAAUCUAGAGGUGAUACAGGAAGAAGAUGAAAAUGAAACAAAAGAAGUAAAGAAAACGAAACUUCCAAAAGGUCCUCCUAGACUUAAAGGGAAGCUACUGGGGGCAUACGCCACCAGCUUAGCCCUGAAAGUUGUACUCGAGGUGGGCUUCAUUGUUGGACUGUGGUUUCUCUAUGGAUUUGUAGUUCCAGCCAAAUAUGAAUGCCAGAGAAGCCCCUGUCCCCACACGGUAGAUUGCUUUGUCUCCCGGCCCACCGAAAAGACAAUCUUCACAAUAUACACUCAAAUUGUUGCUGCCAUUUCUGUGUUACUGAACAUUGUGGAGCUAUUUUACCUUCUUCAGUUGGCCAUCACACACCACCUGGAGAAGAAGUACCAGAACCAGGAACUAGUAAUAGCAAAGUCUCAGACAAAAUUGCAACCGAGUGAGCUUCAGGAUCCAACAUACCAGAACGGGCAUCCUUUACCCUUUGAAAGAAAUGACAGCUAUACCCAGUCUACUGUUGCACAGACGGAGACGGACCAUGCUGACAACACACUUCCUUCAUAUGUAAACUGUAUUGGUGUCAGGACUCAUAGAGGUUACCACCACAAACAAAUACGCACCAAACACAAUAAGAGUAAUUCUACUGAGAAACACUCUACAGAAAAACAUUAUGUGUAA